AAGUUGUCUGCUACGAAGGAAGAAAGAAAAGUAAGCUUGCCCUUCAGACUGCUUUUUGAAUAUAUUUCUAAUACAGUGGUGUUCCAGAAGAUGAUAAAGAAAUGAUAGCAGCUCCAGAAAUACCAACUGAUUUUACUCUCCUUCAGGAGUCUGAAACACACUUCUCUUCUGAUACGGACUUUGAGGAUAUUGAAGGAAAAAACCAAAAACAAGGCAAAGGCAAAACUUGUAAAAAAGGAAAAAAAGGACCAGCAGAGAAGGGAAAAAGUGGAAACGGAGGAGGGAAACCUGGUGGUCCGAAUCGGAUGAAUGGACAUCACCAACAGAAUGGUGUGGAAAACAUGAUGCUCUUUGAAGUAGUUAAAAUGGGCAAGAGUGCUAUGCAGUCUGUAGUGGAUGACUGGAUAGAGUCAUACAAACAUGACCGAGAUAUAGCACUUCUUGAUCUCAUUAACUUCUUUAUUCAGUGCUCAGGCUGCAAAGGAGUUGUUACAGCAGAGAUGUUCCGACACAUGCAGAAUUCGGAAAUAAUCCGAAAAAUGACUGAAGAAUUUGAUGAGGAUAGUGGAGAUUAUCCGCUAACUAUGGCUGGCCCCCAGUGGAAAAAGUUCAAAUCCAGUUUUUGUGAGUUCAUUGGAGUACUCGUCCGACAAUGUCAAUAUAGCAUCAUAUAUGAUGAAUAUAUGAUGGAUACUGUCAUAUCACUGCUCACGGGACUGUCAGACUCGCAAGUCAGAGCGUUUCGGCACACUAGCACACUGGCAGCCAUGAAACUGAUGACUGCUUUAGUGAAUGUGGCAUUAAAUCUAAGUAUUAACAUGGACAACACGCAACGGCAGUAUGAAGCAGAACGAAAUAAAAUAAUUGGGAAACGAGCUAAUGAUAGGCUGGAACUCUUACUACAGAAGAGAAAGGAGCUUCAAGAAAAUCAGGAUGAAAUAGAAAACAUGAUGAAUGCAAUAUUUAAAGGUGUUUUUGUGCAUAGAUACCGAGAUGCAAUUGCUGAAAUAAGAGCCAUCUGCAUUGAGGAGAUCGGAAUAUGGAUGAAAAUGUACAGUGAUGCCUUUCUCAAUGACAGCUACUUAAAAUAUGUAGGGUGGACUAUGCAUGACAAGCAAGGAGAAGUAAGACUCAAAUGCCUAACUGCUUUGCAAGGGCUUUACUAUAAUAAGGAGCUUAAUUCCAAAUUGGAACUCUUCACCAGUCGGUUCAAGGAUAGAAUUGUGUCUAUGACUCUUGACAAAGAAUAUGAUGUUGCAGUCCAAGCAAUAAAAUUACUCACUCUUGUUUUACAGAGUAGUGAAGAAGUUCUGACUGCAGAAGACUGUGAAAAUGUCUACCACCUGGUUUAUUCAGCUCAUCGGCCAGUAGCAGUUGCCGCAGGGGAAUUUCUUUAUAAAAAGCUUUUCAGCCGCAGAGAUGCUGAAGAUGAUGGAAUGCUGAAAAGGAGGGGAAGACAAAGUCCAAAUGCUAAUCUUGUGAAGACAUUAGUGUUUUUCUUUUUGGAAAGUGAAUUGCACGAACAUGCUGCUUAUCUUGUGGACAGCAUGUGGGACUGUGCAACAGACCUCUUGAAGGAUUGGGAAUGUAUGAACAGUCUUCUGCUGGAGGAGCCUCUCAAUGGAGAAGAACCUUUGACAGACAGACAGGAAAGCGCACUGAUUGAAAUAAUGCUUUGUACAAUUCGGCAAGCAGCUGAAUGUCAUCCUCCUGUGGGAAGAGGAACGGGGAAAAGGGUGCUGACAGCAAAGGAAAAGAAAACCCAGUUGGAUGACAGGACAAAAAUUACUGAGCUUUUUGCGGUGGCACUUCCUCAGUUGCUAGCAAAGUAUUCUGUAGAUGCAGAAAAGGUCACCAACUUACUGCAGUUGCCACAGUACUUUGAUUUGGAAAUUUAUACAACAGGGCGAUUAGAAAAGCAUUUGGAUGCCUUACUGCGACAAAUCCGGGAUAUUGUGGAGAAGCACACAGAUAUAGAUGUUUUGGAAGCCUGUUCAAAAACCUACCAUGCUCUCUGUAAUGAAGAAUUCACAAUCUUUAACAGGGUUGACAUUGCAAGAAGUCAGUUAAUAGAUGAAUUGGCAGACAAAUUUAAUCGACUUCUUGAGGACUUCCUGCAAGAGGGGGAGGAACCUGAUGAAGAUGAUGCAUAUCAAGUCUUGUCAACACUGAAGAGAAUCACUGCUUUUCACAACGCUCAUGACCUAUCAAGAUGGGACUUAUUUGGCUGCAACUACAAGCUAUUAAAAACUGGCAUUGAAAAUGGAGACAUGCCAGAACAGAUUGUUAUUCAUGCACUGCAGUGUACUCAUUAUGUAAUCCUUUGGCAGCUAGCAAAAGUUACUGAAAGCAGUUCCACAAAGGAGGAUCUUCUACGUCUAAAGAAGCAGAUGAGAGUUUUCUGUCAAAUCUGUCAACACUAUCUGACCAAUGUAAAUACUGCUGUUAAGGAACAGGCUUUCACAAUUCUGUGUGAUGUAUUGAUGAUCUUCAGCCAUCAGAUCAUGACAGGCGGACGUGACAUGUUGGAGCCGCUUGUUUACACUCCUGAUUCUUCCUUGCAAUCUGAACUACUCAGUUUUAUUUUAGAUCACGUCUUCAUUGAUCAAGAUGAUGAUAAUAAUAGUGCGGAUGGACAGCAGGAUGAUGAAGCCAGCAAAAUUGAAGCGUUGCACAAAAGAAGAAACCUACUUGCAGCUUUCUGUAAGCUCAUUGUAUAUACUGUGGUGGAAAUGAACACAGCCGCAGACAUUUUCAAGCAAUAUAUGAAGUAUUACAAUGACUAUGGUGAUAUUAUUAAAGAAACAAUGAGUAAAACAAGACAAAUAGACAAAAUCCAGUGUGCUAAAACACUUAUUCUUAGUUUGCAGCAGCUCUUCAAUGAAAUGAUUCAAGAAAAUGGUUAUAAUUUUGACAGAUCAUCACCGACAUUCAGUGGCAUAAAGGAACUUGCUCGACGUUUUGCUUUAACAUUUGGAUUGGAUCAGUUGAAAACAAGAGAAGCUAUUGCUAUGUUACACAAGGAUGGCAUAGAAUUUGCUUUUAAGGAGCCUAAUCCACAAGGUGAGAGCCACCCACCGUUAAAUUUGGCAUUUCUUGAUAUUCUCAGUGAGUUCUCCUCGAAACUUCUCAGACAAGAUAAAAGAACAGUGUAUGUUUACUUGGAGAAGUUCAUGACUUUUCAGAUGUCUCUACGGCGAGAAGAUGUAUGGCUUCCUCUCAUGUCCUACCGAAACUCUUUAUUAGCUGGUGGGGAUGAUGAUACCAUGUCAGUGAUUAGUGGAAUCAGUAGUCGAGGAUCUACAGUAAGAAAUAAGAAGACAAAGCCAGCAACAGGCAAGCGGAAAGUACCCGAAGCUGAAGAAAGCAGCAGUAGUGACAGUAUGUGGCUGAACAGGGAGCAAUCAAUGCACACACCAGUCAUGAUGCAGACACCUCAGCUCACUUCCACGAUAAUGAGGGAGCCCAAGAGAUUGCGACCUGACGAGAACUACAUGGGUGUCUAUCCUAUGCAGCCUGAGCACCACCAACCGCCGCUCGACUACAACACGCAAGUAACGUGGAUGUUGGCUCAAAGGCAACAGGAAGAAGCCGCGCGACAACAACAGGAGAGGGCAGCGAUGAACUACGUCAAGCUGAGAAGCAACUUGCAACACGCCAUUCGACGUGGCACAAGUCUAAUGGAAGAUGACGAAGAGCCAAUUGUUGAAGAUGUGAUGAUGUCAUCAGAAGGACGGAUUGAAGAUCUUAAUGAAGGCAUGGAUUUUGACACCAUGGACAUAGACCUACCACCAUCAAAGAACAGGAGAGAAAGAACGGAACUAAAACCAGAUUUCUUUGACCCCGCUUCAAUCAUGGAUGAAUCGGUUCUUGGGGUGUCAAUGUUUUAAUACCAGAGCAGCAAAUAAAUCAGUGGUGAAGUCAUUUUCUAAGUGGAAGAGGAAGUUUUUCAAUACAAAAUUGUGGUAGAUACAGUGAAAUUCUGAACAGAUUUUUCUCUAAGGAGAAUGACAUGCUUUCAAGAUCAAGUGCAUUGAAGGGGCAGUUUUGUUUGCCUGAAAGAAAAAAGAAAUGUAAAGGACAAGUAAACAAUUUGAGGAUAAGCUACACUUUUUGUUGGGAAAAAAAAUCAAUAUUUUAUUUAUGUGCUAUCAGUUUAUUUCUGGAUCAUAAGAAGUAUUCCCUCUGAGUUUUAAUCUUAACAGUCUGAGAGGUGUUUGGUACAGAUUUGAGCCUCUCUCUAUACAUUUGCUGGCUAUACUAAAUAAUCAUGAGCUCUGCUGGAUUGCUGUUCACAUCCACGAACUGUAAGAGUAGGUGGAUUGGUUUUCUCACAGUGAUAGAAUGAACCAGAAGAGUUGUCAGUAUUUUCAAUUAAAUGCAAACUUCAGCAACAGAAGGUUUGUAUUAAUUAAUCAUGGAAAAAAAUACAUAAAGCAGAAUUUUAACAGCUUUUUGAUCUAAAACACACUUUUUAUUCCGAAAGCUUCAUGUUAGCCUUCUCAGAAAGGUCCGUUAGCUAUAAGCUACCAGAACGUAACAGAUUUCACUCUUGCUUGCCCAUUACCAACCCUGAAAGUUUGCUUGUCCUUUAAGAAAAAUGUAAUGUUGUGAAAUUCCUUCCAGUAGUGCCACUGUAUUUUGUCUCCAAAUAAAAGAAGCUUAUUGUAGUAUGUUUGCAGAAAAAUUCUAAACAAAAAUUAUACAGCUUAUUAGAGUGUGGGAAUA